UCCUUCCAGCAGCAGGCCUCGCACGGCUCCGACACACACACACACACACGCACGCAAACAUACACACAUAUGCGGACACAGGAGAGACAACCGUCAAAGCAAAGCCACGUUUGGAAUUGUCUAAUCUUUACUCCGCACAACCUGGAUGCUCCCCGACCGCAGGAGUCAUCCUAAUGGGCCUUCAUCGCUAAUUAGCAGCCACAUCUGCUCGACAGCACCCUGAUAUCUUUUGGCUCUGAUGGUACUAGCUGAACAGUGACCGUUACCUGCCUGAGGACACCUGCUGCCCAAUUCCCUUCAUCAUGUCUGGGAUCCACACGCCAUGGUCGACUGGCACAGAGUGUGUAGCCAAGUAUAAUUUCCAGACUGCCAACGAACAAGACCUGCCCUUCUGUAAAGGAGAUGUACUGACCAUCAUCGGUGUCACCAGGGAUCCAAACUGGUACAGAGCAAGGAACACAGUGGGCAGAGAGGGCACCAUCCCAGCUAACUAUGUCCAGAAAAGGGAAGGAGUCAAGUCAGGAGGGAAACUCAGUCUUAUGCCUUGGUUUCAUGGUAAGAUAACUCGGGAGCAGGCUGAGCGGCUCCUCUACCCUCCAGAGACGGGUUUGUUCCUGGUGAGGGAGAGCACCAACUAUCCUGGUGAUUACACUCUGUGUGUCAGCUGCGACGGCAAGGUGGAACACUACCGCAUCAUCUACCACAACGGCAAACUCACCAUCGAUGAGGAGGAGUACUUUGAGAACCUCAUGCAGCUGGUAGAGCACUACACCAAAGAUGCUGAUGGACUUUGUACCAGAUUGAUUAAACCCAAGUUGAUGGAGGGAACAGUGGCAGCGCAAGAUGAGUUCUCAAGGAGCGGCUGGGCCUUGAACAGAAAGGAGCUGAAACUCAUCCAGACCAUUGGCAAAGGGGAGUUUGGAGAUGUGAUGGUAGGAGACUACAGAGGGACCAAGGUGGCGGUCAAGUGUAUCAAAAAUGAUGCAACAGCACAGGCUUUCAUCGCUGAGGCCUCUGUCAUGACGCAACUGAGGCACAACAACCUGGUGCAGUUGUUAGGGGUGAUUGUUGAGGAGAGGGGCAGUCUCUACAUCGUCACAGAAUACAUGGCGAAGGGCAGCCUAGUGGACUACCUGCGCUCUCGAGGACGGACUGUCCUCGGUGGAGACUGCUUACUUAAAUUCUCACUUGAUGUGUGUGAAGCCAUGGAGUACCUGGAGGCCAACAACUUUGUCCACAGAGACUUGGCAGCUCGCAACGUACUGGUGUCUGACGACAACAUCGCCAAGGUCAGCGACUUCGGCCUCACCAAGGAGGCGUCCUCCAUACAGGACACUGCCAAGCUGCCCGUUAAAUGGACCUCCCCCGAAGCACUAAGAGAGAAGAGGUUUUCCACCAAGUCAGAUGUCUGGAGUUAUGGAAUCCUACUUUGGGAGAUUUACUCCUUUGGCCGUGUGCCUUACCCUAGAAUUCCGUUGAAAGAGGUGGUGCCCCGGGUAGAGAAGGGGUACAAGAUGGACGCCCCAGAUGGCUGUCCGCCAGUGGUGUACGACCUGAUGAAGCAGUGCUGGACCCUGGACCCCGUGGUGCGGCCCUCCUUCCGUAUGCUGAGGGAGAAGCUGCAGCAUAUCAGAGCCAAAGAGCUCUACCUGUGAAGAGGAGGCUCAGGUGGGGGGGGGGGCGUAGGAGGGAGAGGAGGGGGACCAGAAGCAGCCCAGCACAGCUGUAACAUGGGAGGAGGAGGAGGAGAAGAAGAAGAAGAGGGGACCAUAGCACCUUCCUCCUGCCUGCCCAGCUUGUUGACCUGUGGGACUGCCAUAGUGUGCCCUCUGCCCCGACCUCAGACGUCCACCAGCCGUCCUCUGCUUCCACACUAGGACUGUUUUUCUGUUUGUGUUGUAUAGCUUUGCCAGACAAUUUCCUCUUCUGUCGAUGGGCCACUGCUCUUUCCUCCUUCUGCACCUGCCGCUGCUCACUUGCUCUCCCUCUGUCACUUGGUCCAAGUCGAUCUUCUUCCUCUACCUGAAAGAUCCCUUUUCUUUCUUUGUAUUUCCUCCCCUCCUCCUCUCCUGAACAUGGCAUUAACUGGAGGGGAGGCUGGCCUUUUCCUCCACGUUUGUCAGGUGCUCCUCCCUCCUCACCCCACCCCGUUAUCAUUCCUGGAUCUCUGUAUCACCAUGCGGCUCUGCAUGCCUUUCAGCCCACCUCCGUGUCAUUCCAUCCUUCUAUCCCUCCUUGAUUUCCUUCGGCCGUCGUGUCAGGUGUGGGGCCUUCGCUCUGUGCCAAAGUGCCUCCAGUCUACAGAGCUCCAGACUUCCCCCCAACACUUCUUUUAAUUGGACUGUUGUGGUUUCAUUUUUUUAUCACUUUUUUUAAAAAACAAUCUUUUUUAUUGCUUUCUUUUUUUUCAGGGAGGUUAUUAAACCAUUUUUUUUUAGUGCUGUCUCCCCUACCUCCACCAUCCCCACAUCAGACUGGGGUUUUUUGUUUCCAAGUGUCCACGAAGAGCAUGUGAACAGGAAGAGAGGGGGGCGAGUAUCAUGUUCGUCCUCCAACCAAGGCAAGCCCUGGAGGAGCAGUGGGAAGGUGGGGGCAGGACAGUAACAAGAGACGAAGGGGGAGAGGCAGUUCACAAACAUGGUUGAUUCAUCAUAUGUGGGCUUGUUUUUAUAUCAAAAUAUAUUUAAAGGAUUAAAAAAAAAGAACAAGGAAAAACCUGACUGGGACAGAGAAUAAAAAAAGGACGACUUUCAGAAGCCAGGAGCGACUUGGCGUUCAGGAUGUUCAGUGUCUCUGUGAACGCUGGGGUCGGGGUGGUGCAUGCUGUGUGUGAGAGGCCUUGGGUUCAACUGUCAGUGCUUUCAAUGUUCAUUGUUUUAUUAUGCUAUCAUGAUUAUGAAUAAAUCAUUCCAUCUGAA